AUGGGGCAAGUGGCUGGAGAGAAAGACCUGCUGCAAAAGGAACAACUUGACAUAAAAAGGCUAAUUCAAGAUGUAUUGGAUGCGAAGUUUACUAGUCUUGAGAGCACCAUAGAAACUAUGGAUGAUUUCUACCAUGUAAUUUAUGAGAUUGUGGAGCUACUAAGUGAAAAGAAAGGGGCUAUGCAAUUCAAGUUACCUACCAAAAAAAAUCUUAAAAAAGAAGUUGAUGUGAGUGAUUUUUUCUAUACAAAUACAACACAAGCAUCUCACUUCUCCAACAUCUAUCACUCUCUCUAUAGAAUAAUUAGAACUUACAACUCCACUUCAUCUUCCUUGCAGGCAGUUCUGGACAAAAGAGGUGCAUUUGCCAACAAGAGCUUCCCUCUGAACAAUCAGGAGCUCAAGCAGGUCAUCCAAAAUGUAAUCAAAAUAGAAUAUUUUCAAAUUGGAAAAGGAGCAAAAGACAUAUUUCUCUACAUAUUUGGUGUUCCAGUUGUUGGCUUGCUUGCCAAGAGGAUAAUUCCAGGUCCCACUGCAUCCAUACCUGAUGAGAUCUUCAUUCCUGCAGUGACCUCUGGCACCAUUAUUCUUCUAGCCAAGACCAACAGGAUCUGA